GUCGGUCUAGUUUUCAAUAUACAUUCAUCAAUAAUCCUAAUUGUAUUUUUUGACUGAUAAAUAGCACGAGUUAAACUGAUUAUCGAACCAGGGUUGUUGAUUACUUAUCGCGCAUUGAAGUCCAAGUAUAGGCAAGACUUGUAGUUGUUGGAGUAAUCAAAAAGACGCCAAGGUAUGGAGCCUGAUUGUCGCAGAGCUCCCGCAUAUCUCCUGCGUGUGUUAUUUCUCUUCGCAGUUUCACUUAGCUAUUCGUCAGCUUUUCCAUAUGAUAGACCAUCUCUCGGUGAUGUGGAUACUGAGUCUACGGACUUGAAAACAACUGAUUUGACACAUGAAAUUUUCAAAGAUCUUCAACAAGUAAUUAUUCCUUUGCCGGGUCAGCGUGAUAAACACAGACACCAUAAUACAAAAGAACAAAUUGAUAAAACAGAACAAAAUGAGGCACCCAAUUACCGUCAAGUCAGAUACCAGGAUACACCAGGACUAAAUAUUAUAAUAAAUAUUUACCAAAAAGAAGGCAAUUUUUAUAAGCCAGGAUGCAAUAACUCCCUCAAAGAUAGUUCUUCAGAAAGUGAGGACUCAUCCGAAGAAUCGAAAUCAUCAUCGAAAGAAUGGACGCGAUCAUCAGAAGAACAGCCAUCAUCUUCAGAAGAAAAACCAAGUUCAUCAGAAGAAAAGCCAUCAUCAUCGGAAGAAUGGCCGCGAUCAUCAGAAGAAAAGCCAUCGUCUUCAGAAGAAAAACCCAGUUCAUCAGAAGAAAAGCCGCGAUCAUCAGAAGAAAAGCCAUCGUCUUCGGAAGAACAGCUGCGAUCAUCAGAAAAAGAGCCACCACCAUGGACAGAAUGGACGCGAUCAUCAGAAGAACAGCCAUCAUCUUCAGAAGAAAAACCCAGUUCAUCAGAAGAAAAGCCAUCAUCAUCGGAAGAAUGGCCGCGAUCAUCAGAAGAAAAGCCAUCGUCUUCGGAAGAACAGCUGCGAUCAUCAGAAAAAGAGCCACCACCAUGGACAGAAUGGACGCGAUCAUCAAAAGAAAAGCCAUCAUCAUCAGAAGAAAAGUCAAGAUCAUCAGAACAAAAGCAAACAUCAUCAAAAGAAGAGCCUAUAUCAUCUGAAGAAAAGUCCUUAUCAUUCAAAGCUAAAUUGCCUUUAGAUGAGGAUGUAUUGGUAGCUAACCUCCGACAUAAUCAUAAACAUACAAAAAUAGAAAUAAUAAAAAAUAGUGGUUCAUCAAGCACCAGCAGCGAAAAGCAGAACAUACCACAUUCUUGGCUAAGAAGCGUCAUACACCAGGAAGAAACAGAAACGUCUGACUUGCCUAGGCCAUUAGAAAAUGCGACAUCUCAGACAGAAGAUAAAAAACCCGAAGCACAUUCUCUAGUAGAAAGUGAAACAUCUCAAGCAGAAUCUCAAAAACCUGCAGCACAUUCUCCAGUAGAAAGUGCAACGUCUCAAGCAGAAGCUCAAAAGCAUGAAGCAGAUUCUGCAGUAGAGAGUGCAACAUCUCAAGCAGAAGCCCAAAAACCUGAAGCACAUUCUCCAGUAGAGACUGCAACACCUCAAGCAGAAGCUCAAAAACCUGAAGCACAUUCUGCAGUAGAGAGUGCAACAUCUCAAGCAGCAGCCCAAAAGCCUGAAGCACAUUCUCCUGUAGAGACUGCAACACCUCAAGCAGAAGCUCAAAAACCUGAAGCACAUUCUGCAGUAGAGAGUGCAACAUCUCAAGCAGAAGCCCAAAAACCUGAAGCACAUUCUACAGUAGAAAGUGCAACAUCUCAAGCAGAAUCUCAAAAACCUGAAGCACAUUCUCCAGUAGAAAGUGCAACGUCUCAAGCAGAAGCUAAAAUACCUGAAGCGCAUUCUCCAGUAGAAAGUGACACACCUCAAGCAGAAGCUCAACAACCUGCAGCAAAUUUUCCAGUAGAAAGUGCAACAUCUCAAGCAGAAGCUCAAAAGCAUGAAGCACAUUCUCCAGUAGAAAGUGCAACAUCUCAAGCAGAACCUCAAAAAUCUGCAGCAAAUUAUCCAGUAGAAAGUGCAACAUCUCAAGCAGAAGCUCAAAAGCAUGAAGCACAUUCUGCAGUAGAGAGUGCAACAUCUCAAGCAGAAGCCCAAAAACCUGAAGCACAUUCUCCAGUAGAGACUGCAACACCUCAAGCAGAAGCUCAAAAACCUGAAGCACAUUCUGCAGUAGAGAGUGCAACAUCUCGAGCAGAAGCCCAAAAGCCUGAAGCACAUUCUCCUGUAGAGACUGCAACACCUCAAGCAGAAGCUCAAAAACCUGAAGCACAUUCUGCAGUAGAGAGUGCAACAUCUCAAGCAGAAGCCCAAAAACCUGAAGCACAUUCUCCAGUAGAAAGUGCAACAUCUCAAGCAGAAUCUCAAAUACCUGCAUCACAUUCCCUAAUUAAAAAAGCAACAUCUCAAGCAGAAGCUCAAAAACCUGAAGCACAUUCCCCAGAAACGCAAGUACCACCAGUUACGAAAAAAGGCAAACACUGCUCCUUCAAACAUUUGAGUAGCUGCUACGUUGUUGCCGAUAUGCUCCUGAAAUUUGACGACUGUUCAAAAAGAUGUCAGAAUUCUAGUUACGAUGUUGUGGUACCGAAAUCGGCCGAAACGAAAGCAUUUCUUCACAAGCAGAUGGGAGGUUCAGUGAAUACGCUGAGUCGCACCAACAUCUAUCCUUACUGGCUGGGUAUUAAGUUCACAAACAACGCCUGGCACUUGCAUGCGAAAUCUAGCGAGGCUGUUGGUUACAGCAACUUUGUGCCGGAUACACCAAUGUCUCCGAGCAACGAUGCGUGCGCGGCCGCAGAUCUGAACGACUCACUCUGGAGGAUAUCCGAGUGCACAGACGUGGCUCUUUGUGUGUGCGAAUCGUCUGUACAGCAAAGCGAGCGGUAGACCUAGAGCCAGUCGUUGGCGUGCUUGCUUUAUGUAUCUAUAAACAGUUGUUUGUAGCAAAAAAAAUGUAUUUGUAUCAAUAAACAAUGGUCUAUAUUAAUACACAUUUCUUUGUGUCAAUAAACAGUUCUUUGUGUCAAUAAAUAAUUGUUUAAAUAAAUAAACAAUUUUCUG